AUGUAUAAAAGGAAAGGUGAUUCUCAAGAAAUGAAACAAACUAAUGCUGCUCUGCAAUAUUUUAAACAAGCUAAAGAAGCUUUAAAAAAUAACGAGCUCUUAAAAGCACAAGAAUUGUUUACAAAGGCAAUUAAUUUGAAGCCGAAUUUUAUCUCAUUCUAUGAUUGUCGCGCUUCAACAUCUGAAAAACUCGGUCAGCUAGAUGCUGCUUUACAAGACGCGUUAUCUAUGAUUAAAUUGGACAAAACCGCAGUAAAGGCUUAUCUUCGUGCUGGCAAAGUUUAUAGAUUAUUGAAUCAGACAGCCAAUGCAAUUAAAAUUUAUAAUAUUGGAUUGUCACUUGUCAUCACCAAAGAUCAAUAUUAUGAGAUGCUUCAAAAACAAAGUGAAGAAUUGCAGAAUAAUUUGCGUAAUAAAUUGCGUCAGUCUGAUUCUUCUAAAACUUAUGACAUGAUGCGUAUUCUUCCACCAGAACUUAAAGAUGAUAUUUUAAAGAGACUUCCGUUUACAAGUCUUUGCAAAGCUUCUGCCGUAUCUAAAACCUGGAGAAAAUAUAUUCUCUCGUCAGAAAUAUUGUGGCAUAAUUUGGAUUUUGAGAGACCAUUUUUUAAUACUCUCAACGAUAAUAUAAUCC